AACAAGCCUCUCUCGUGCCGUCGAUGCAAAGUCUUGUGUUGGCUACAACUUGCAGCAUGCAAUCAUCAUUGGAUCAGACCAUCCUUGCGCCCCUGUGGUUUGAUGAUUUUCCAAUCGUCGCUUCCCUCCAUUAUGAGACAUAAGAACCCAACAACCCCGCCUCCAUCCUGUUGCAUCUCCAGGUUCAAAUCAUGGUGAAUAUCUAGUCCAUCAAAAAUGGCACCCAUCACAAAGAAAUCAAAACCAGAGCCAGAGUCACAGGAGGUGGCAGACCAGCCACCGUCCUAUGAAGAUAGCGCUGGUCCAUUACCGAUCACGCUGCCCUUCCUGGAUCUUCAUCGCACCGCAGGCCCAGGAGAAUCCACCACCGUGACCUCGGACGAAUGUAUCGCUCACUUGAAAUUCCUCGGCGCACUGGCCGACCUGCGUGAAUUAAUCAGCCAAAAAGACGGAUUAUUCGGGCUCUAUGACGACCAGGUGAAUCGCGUGCCGCCAGAACGAGCCAACGAGGCAAGUGCUCGCAUUCGCGAAAAGCGCUGGGCCGUGUAUGUUGCUCGCGCAGUGGAUCGCUUCACCAUCUGGUGGGAAGCGGCCAUUCCGAGAUGUGGCACUCCCCCGACCGUGACCCAGGUGCGCAGAGAAAGUCGCAAUCCGAGGGAGAUGGGCAUCUUGCCGAUUAUGUGGGAGACGGAACAGCUUCCACCGCUGGAUGUUCUCAUGGUUUGGCACGCCUAUAUACUGAACCCCCGUGACUAUCUCGAAGACUGUUUCCGCCAGGCUAGGAUGAGCUGUUGGAUCACUGGGUUCCCUUGGACGGUGAUCAAUCCCUGCAUCGACGAUAGGGACUUGGCAUAUGUGGUGCCUGAAGAAGGGAGGAACUUCUUUGCGGCAACAACUGGCCUGAACUGGGAUAAUUUGCACGAUCCGGAAACUAAGACGCUCGUUUGUCCUCGCUAUAAGUGUCCUGUUCCCGUUCCUUGGACGAACGGUGCCAUAAACGCCGACUGCAACUUUGAAGAGAGUGAUGGAUAUGCCGAUAAGAGCUUCCACGCGACUUGUCCUCGUCCCUUUUGUCAAUGCACGAUUGACCAUGAGAAGUUGAAGCUCAGAAAAUUCAGAGCAGACUUGGUCGAGUUGGUUGAGCUUAACCGGCCUAUGCCCGGCACGGUGCUCAACUUGAACGGUGCGCUCAAAAGCCAGACCAGGAUGCCAGAACUAUAUCCGAAUGCUCUCAUGCUCGCCCUGCAAUUUCAUUUGAUGGAUAUGUUAAAGGCGGGUUCUAUUCAUCUGACCAAAAUGGUUCACCUCCGCGACUGGAUUGAACAGCAGAUUAAGCAGAGAUGGGUCCUGCUAGAAGCGAACCAUCAAUCAAGAGCAGUGGACGGCAUCUAUCGCGAUAAGAAUUCUCGAAUUGCCAUUCGCAAGAUGAUGUCUCGAUACUGGAGCAAUAGCUCCCCCUUUGCCCUGGACUUGGUCGGGGCUGUGAUUCGGCAGGGCACUUUUGUGCAGAAAAUGGAUGACCUGGACUGGCUUCAUUCCCCGACGGUGAGCCAGACAAUGGACCGAUUGAUUAAAAAAUACCAGGUCUUCUUUAAAAUCAUGGCGAGCCACCCAGGAAAGAUGGCUGUGCCUACUUUGGAUGUCGAUCUAGCGUGGCAUACGCAUCAACUGUCUCCAGCUCGAUACUACGAUUACUCUGUUUCGAAGACCAAGGACAUUUUCAUCGACCAUGAUGAUAAAGUGGAAGAAACCAAGUUGUCGGACGGAUUUGAGUGGACAACAAAAGAAUAUCGCAGGCUGACAGGCGGGGACAUCUACAGCCAGUGUCUCUGCUGGUAUUGUGAGGCCGUGAGAGCUCCCAGUUUGCUGGAACGGUUUUCUUCUCAUGACACCCGAGCACGAGAAAAUCUUCAUGAUCGUGAAGGUGUCUCAUCCGAUCCGAACCGGAAUCCGCAUAUCUCGGCCCACAAUGCUGUGAGAGUGGAAGGAUUUUCGAAAAAUGACAGUCACAUCCAGUUGAAGAUGCAGCGGCUUCGCGCCAGCUACGAAAGGGCUUGUCGGAGAGCAGACAAGCAAGACAAGAAGAAGCAAAGCAAAGACGGGAAAGGAAAAGCUGUUGAUGAGAAGAAUGGCAAAGACAAUCGCAGAUCAACUAUAAUUGACCCCUACCCUGUGCCUCUGAUCUGGGGCUAUCCCAUUGCUGUGCCCUAUGCCGCUCCCUACAUGUGCGACCCCGGAGUCAACUCUGCUUCCUACGCCAACAACCCGGCCUGUAUGAAUGUCACACCAGGUGCCAUGGGCAACUGUGUCGGUGGCACUUGUGGAGGAGGAGUAGCUGCUGGAGGCUGUGCAGGAGGAGGCGGUGGGGGGGGAUGCGCCGGAGGAGUUGGAGGCGGCGGAGGAUGUGCAGGAGGCGGUGGUGGAAUAGGAGGAUGCGGAGGAGGUGGUGGAGGUUGUGGAGGAGGAGGGGGGGGAGGGGGAUGUGGUGGUGGUGGUGGUGGAGCUUGAUCGCCAAAAAAAGCGUUUGUGAUGGACUUUAGGAUCCAUUCUUAUACACGAAUAUACCCUAGACCGUUGAUGCUCAGACUGAAAUAAUAGACUUGGCCUUGCUGGCUUUAUUAUUACCAAAAU